CUACAACUGAUCCCUGAUUCCCCUGCCCAGACCAAGUACGGACCAUCAUCUGAGCCCCAUCGUCUUCUUCUUCGCUCAACUCACUGAGUGUCUAUUGCUUCACUUCCAGAGCUUCUCUCAUCCUCACCAAAUACCCUUGGCACAGAGCGGAAUAUGAUCUGAACAAGGAUUAGAGAAAGCCAAAACACAAGCCAUGAAUCCACUAGAGGCUUCAAAGGAGCUACCUUUUCGGGUCGGGUUCACAGGGCACAGCGGACACCUCACAAUCGAGCCUCUAUCUCCCGUGGAGCGGCCUAAUCCUAUUGAUUCGCUCCCCUUCGUUCUUCCUCCUGCAUUCCCAGAGGAAACUCCUGAAACAAUAGAAAAAUAUAUAAAGGAUAAAUAUCUCUUGCCUCAGUUGGAUACUGAUGAGUUCUCCCCUGAAAAAGUUGGAAGACAGUGGGAGUUUGACUGGUUUGACAGAGCCAAAAUCCUUCCCGAGCCUUCUUUACCACGGACUAUAGUUGUUCCAAAAUGGGAAGCACCUUUUAGACGUCCAAAGGAUCAACAGGAAGGAAGAUGGGAGCCGAAGUCCAUAGAGAUAGAUGUAUCAGAGCUUGCAGCAGGAGCUGAGGAUUUGGGUGCUUUGCCACAAAUUACAGGGCCUCCCAAAGAUUUUGUCAGGGGAAGCAUCACCAACCGACCUUUUCGUCCUGGGGGGCUAGAUGGGUCUCUGGAAAGGACUCUUCCUGGUGAUGCUUCCAGUGGGAAAUGGGUGUUGGAGGUGCUUGGUGGGGGUCAUGCCCAAACCAUUCCUCCAGGCUUCAAACAAGGUCUUGAUCUUGGCAAUCUCAAGGCGCAUUCAUCUUCAUGGAAUGUUUACAAGGAUCAGAAUGAAGUCAAGAGCACAAUAAAUACAAAACUGAAUGAUUUAUCGGUGCAGUUCGAUGACUUAUUUAAGAAGGCUUGGGAAGAAGACAUCACAGAUUAUUUAGAAGAUGCUGAUGCAAACGAAGAGGUAUCUAUAAAGUCAGAGUCACCUCCAGUAGAUGCUGAGGCCAACAAGCUGGAAGUUGCUGGUGACGUUACAGAGACUGGUAAAUCAGUUUUGGAUGAUAUUCUGUCUGUUGCCUCUGGAGGUUCAACUUUAAGGUUGGACGGAGAAAGGGGCAGUAGUGGACAUGAACAAACAGAGGCAUGGGCUAUAACUGGAGGCAGCAAGGAAAUUGUGGAACGAUUUGAUGAACUUAUACCUGAUAUGGCUCUAACCUUCCCAUUCCAACUUGAUCCGUUUCAAAAGGAGGCCAUCUACUAUCUUGAAAGGGGAGACUCUGUUUUUGUUGCUGCUCAUACAUCAGCAGGGAAGACAGUUGUUGCAGAAUAUGCAUUUGCUUUGGCAUCCAAACAUUGCACUAGAGCUGUUUACACUGCUCCAAUCAAAACUAUCAGCAACCAGAAGUAUAGGGACUUCUGCGGCAAAUUUGAUGUUGGCCUUCUUACUGGAGAUGUUAGCUUGCGGCCUGAAGCCUCUUGUCUCAUCAUGACUACUGAAAUAUUGAGGUCUAUGCUCUAUAGAGGCGCCGAUAUCAUUCGUGAUAUAGAAUGGGUUAUAUUUGAUGAAGUGCAUUAUGUGAAUGAUGCUGAAAGAGGGGUUGUUUGGGAGGAGGUUAUCAUCAUGCUUCCAAGACACAUAAACUUUGUACUUCUUUCCGCAACGGUACCAAACACAAUAGAAUUUGCUGACUGGAUUGGUCGGACAAAACAAAAGAAAAUUUGUGUUACUGGGACAGCUAAAAGACCAGUCCCUUUGGAGCAUUGCCUCUUCUAUUCUGGAGAGCUGUACAAAGUGUGUGAAAAUGAGCAGUUUGUGCCUCAGGGAUUUAAAGUGGCCAAAGAUGUAUAUAAGAAGAACUCAAGUUAUGCCAUAGGUGGCACUGGAAUCUACGGGUCAUCUUCAGCUUCUAGUGAUAGAUCUCGGAAUCAAUGGCAUGACAAUAAUUCUCAAGGAAAACAGCCCAAAGGACCUCAAACUCCAGCAAAUGUUGGUACUGCCCAGAGAAACAAGAACAAUAAUGUUGGCUCGAAUACUAUGGGGCAAUGGAGAGCAGAAGCGUCCGUGUGGCUAUCACUCAUCAAGAAACUGACAACAAAAUCUCUCCUACCUGUAGUUAUAUUUUGCUUUUCAAAAACAAGAUGUGAUAAGUCUGCUGAUAAUCUUCGUGGGACUGAUCUCACAUCUAGCUCUGAGAAAAGUGAAAUCCGCGUAUUCUGUGAUAAAGCUUUUUCACGGCUUAAGGGAUCUGAUCGAAACUUACCACAGGUUGUCAGAAUUCAAAGCCUUCUGCGGAGGGGGAUAGGAGUGCAUCAUGCAGGGCUGCUGCCCAUUGUGAAGGAAGUUGUUGAAAUGCUUUUUUGUCGUGGUGUAGUGAAGGUUCUUUUUUCAACAGAGACAUUUGCAAUGGGAGUUAAUGCUCCGGCUAGAACAGUUGUUUUUGAUCAAUUAAGAAAGUUUGACGGGAAGGAAUUCAGACAAUUACUUCCUGGAGAGUAUACUCAGAUGGCUGGCCGUGCUGGAAGGAGAGGACUGGAUAAAAUUGGUUCCGUUGUUGUAAUAUGUCGUGAUGAAAUUCCUGAAGAGAGGGAUUUGAAAAAUGUUAUGGUUGGUAGUGCAACACGGCUUGAGUCUCGGUUUCGACUGACCUACAUCAUGAUCCUUCAUCUACUCCGUGUUGAGGAACUCAAGGUGGAAGAUAUGCUUAAAAGAAGUUUUGCAGAAUUUCACUCUCAGAAGAAAUUACCAGAGAAACAACAACUUCUGAUGUUAAAGCGUGCACAGUCUAAGAUACCUGUUGAGUGUAUAAAAGGUGAACCUGCAAUUGAGGAAUACUUCGAGAUUUACUCGAAAGCGGAGAAGUAUGAUAAACAGAUCACAGAGACGGUAAUUCAGUCUCAAGCUGCACAAAAGUGUCUUGAUCCUGGGAGAGUGGUGGUUGUUAGAUCACAAAAGGGUAAUGACCACUUACUGGGAGUUUUGGUGAAAAAAUCUCUUAACAACAACAUUACAAAAUACAUAGUAUUGGUGCUAACACCUGAAUUACCCUCAUCGGUGCAAAAUCAGUUGGAUAAGGGUAGACCCAGCAAUGAAAUAGGUCCUGGCAUGCAGAUACUGAUUCCUAAAUCCAAGCGUGCAGUAGAGGAUGCAUAUUUUACUACAGGCACUUCUCGUAAAGGAUCAGGAGCUGUCAAAAUUAAGUUACCUCACAAUGGCAAUGCAGCUGGGGUAAAUUAUGAAGUUAGAGAAGUUGUGAGUAAGGAGUUCCUCUGCAUAUGCAAUGCAAAAAUUCAGGUUAAUCCAGUCCGGCUUCUUGAAGAUGUUAGUGCUGGAGCCUACUCCCAUACUGUCCAACAGCUUCUAAGUCAAAAAUCUGGAGGAACUAAGUACCCACCUGCCCUGGAUCCUGUUGAAGAUCUAAAGUUGAAAGACAUUGAUCUAGUUGAAGCAUAUCAUAAAUGGAGCAAUCUUUUACAAGACAUGUCCCAAAGUAAGUGUCAUGGAUGUGUUAAGUUGGAUGAGCACAUCGAACUAGCUAGACAAAUGAAGGGUUACAAGGAUGAAUUGAAAAGUUUAGAAUAUGAAAUGUCAGAUGAUGCACUUCAGCAGAUGCCUGAUUUCCUGGGUCGGAUAGAUGUGUUGAAGGAAAUUGGCUGCAUAAAUUCUGAUCUUGUAGUUCAAAUAAAAGGUCGUGUGGCUUGUGAAAUGAAUUCUGGGGAGGAGUUGAUCUGCACUGAAUGUUUGUUUGAGAAUCAACUGGAUGAUUUGGAGCCUGAAGAAGCAGUGGCAAUCAUGUCAGCCUUUGUGUUUCAGCAGAAAAAAACUCAAGAACCAUUCCUCACACCAAAGCUCUUUCUAGCUAAAAGGAGAUUAAAGGAUGCUGCGUUAAGACUAGGGAAGAUCCAACAACAAUUAAACCUGCAGAUUGAUCCCGAGGGAUAUGCAGCAGAAAAUCUGAAGUUUGGCUUAGUUGAAGUGGUGUAUGAAUGGGCAAAGGGCACUCCAUUUGCAGACAUAUGCCAACUCACAGAUGUUCCUGAAGGAUUGAUAGUGAGAACCAUAGUGAGACUGGAUGAGACGUGCCGGGAAUUCAGAAGCGCCGCUGCCAUCAUGGGCAACUCUGCCCUUUACAAGAAAAUGGAAACCGCUUCCAAUAUUAUAAAGCGUGACAUCGUCUUUGCAGCUAGCUUGUACAUCACUGGUGUUUAGCCACCACAUUCCCACAACGCCCCUCCCAUAACUUCACAGGUAAUCCGGUUGUGCCUUAGCGGUACCUGUCCUUGUACGCCGGAGUUGCUCUGGACUGCGUUUGGGUGACCAAACCGUUGGAUUGGGGCCCGAUCUAACGGUCUAGCAGCUGUUCGGUAAUAUGGCAAACAAGCUAGUUACCGAGUAUUAGAGCUGUACAGGCAUCCACAAUAUGGGACUAUUCUCUGCGCAUAGGGUUUUUUUUGUUGCCUAAAAGUACGUUUCCAAUUGUCAUUAAUGUAACUAAAUUUAUAAUUCAUACACCAUUUUUAUUUUAAGGAAAUCCGACCACAAUUUUAUACGAGUAGUUUUUAGUUUGGUGCUCGAUCAAGUUGAUAUUUAAAACAUAAGUGGGUCAAUAGAUGCUUUGUCAGACAAGACUGCACCAAGGUCAAUGAGGGAGUUGAUCACCAAUGUGACCAUGUCUUAUGACCAACUCACAGCCCAUACCUUAAAUAAUGUUUUCCUUACCUAUCAGGAGGUAAUGGGU